AGAAACGCGACAUUUUAGACUGGGCUAAAAAGUUAUCAUUAGCAAAACAAAUGGCUGAUGGCAUUCAAUAUCUUCAUUCGAGUGAUAUAAUUCACCGAGGUUUGCAUUCCAAAAAUAUUUUAUUACAUGAUGAACAAAUAAAAAUCUCAGGCUUCGGUCUUUCCGAGGACAUUAAAAGCUUGCUUACCAGCAAUGCGAGACGUUUUGGCGCGAUACCAUAUCAUGAUCCCCAAAUUUUUAUAGACUUCAAAUACAAGAAGGACAAAAGAUCAGACAUUUAUAGUUUAGGAGUAUUAUUAUGGGAAAUUUCGAGUUGCCGUGUUCCUUUUAAAGAUCUUAAUUUAUUAGCUCUUGCACAGGAGAUUCAAAAGGGAGCACGUGAAACUCCACUUCCUGAUACUCCUUAUGAAUACAUGGAAUUGUAUACACAUUGUUGGGAAUAUGAACCGAAGGACCGACCUUUAAUCCAAGAGGUUUGCAAUAGAUUGGAAUCAAUUCUGAUUGACCUUGAUUACAGUCCUGCUUUAGCAGAUAUAGCAGAUGAAUUUGAUGAUAAACUUGAUUCUAAAUUACUUGCUGCUGAUCUUG